AUGCCAACCCUCUGCUGCUCCAGCUUUGGUACAAGAGUGAGGGAGAAGCUGGAACUUGCACACCCAGUGGCCAGUGGGCCUGUCUUCUCAGCUCCUCCUCAGGGCUUUGCUGUUAGUGCCAAGCUGGUUCCCCAGCCAGAUUUCCAUGUGCCAUUUUCCAGCGUGUGGGAGCUCUGCACAUGUAUGAGGGUGUUUGUAGAAGAGGGCAGUUCCCUUUCAAAUGGCCUCAGAAAGGGAAAAGAGUGCUCCCUCCAGCCCCCAGGUAGCCUUGACCAGGGAUGCGGGCCAAGGAGUACAUCUGGAGCUGGCCAACUUGUGGCAUCCACUCCGAAUAGCAGAGACCCAGUCACGCCUACUUUGGGUCCUCCCAGCCCUCAGUAUUUGGUUUUGUUCACCAAAGAUGAGUUGACCCACCUUCCUCCCAGAGGCACAACAGUAACAUAUUCCUCUGUCAGCCUGUGAGGGCAUGCGGGGUUCUGAAGCCACAGACUCAGUCUCCCCAAAUCAGCAAUCUCUCUCUCUCUCUCUCUCUCUCAUUCUCUCCUCGAACUUCAUCGCAUUCGUAGAAGCUACUUGCACGGUCGCUGGGCUAACCGGGGCAAUCGGCAAACUUUACUGUACAGUACCUCAGUCUAGCUGUCAGAUCAUCCCUUUUGCUGUAGCCUAUGUUGGGGUUUUUAUAUUUGUGAUCAUUGGUAAUUCAGUGUCUAUGAAGUGGGCACAGCUCCCCACAGAGUGCAGUUGUCAGCAUGUCUCUGUGCACUGGUUGUUGCACAGGGCACUGCCCUGCAGAUGAGCUAGGUGUCUCAGGGGGCAGCAGAAGGGCCCUUUUUCCCCACUCCCUCUGCCAAAAAUACUUCCCUGGAUUUGUAGAUGUUGACUCAGAGUCAUCUAUCCCCUCCUGAAAACAAUUUUCUUACUGGUUUCUACUGAAGGGGAGGAGGAAAAAAGGACCAUGUGCGAUGCUCUCAGAGAAGACACUGAUGCUGAUUAUGGAGGGUUUCCUGCAGGCCCUCGUGGGCUCCUCAGCAAGGCCCCAGGCUGGGAAGGGGUUCACCCCACUGCCCAUCCUGCCUGCUCUGUGCUGGGUAGAGUCAGUGACAGGGAGACAGCCCUCUUCUUAUGUAUAUAGAGUGAGCUGAUUUGCGCUCAGGAAAACCUAGUCGCUCGUUGCUCUUGUCUGUGACAUUUACACUGGUUUGCUACUCAUGGCACGAAACAGACAAACCCCAUGAAAAACAAAACAAAACAAAAGUCAUUUCAAAAAAAGCUGUUGUUUUGAAAACUCUUGCUUUCUUUUGGUGUCAAUUUUGUGUUUUGUUUUAAAGAAUCCUUCAUUUAUAUUGGUGUUACUGUAGUGAAGAGAAUAUGAUAGGCUGAUCUGUAAUGGGUUCUGCCAGGAGCCUAGCAAAUGCCUCUGCCCUUCUUCCCCUACCCCAUCCUUCCUCCAUUUCCAGUUGGUAUUGCUAUGCACUGGGCAGACCCCUCACUGUCUCCCCUGAAACCCCACACAGUGGCUCUCUUUAGAACCAGUGUUUGUACUCUCCCUCAGCAGCAGGGUAAGGCUGGUUCUUGCGUGCUCUGUGACCCACCAGUUUGCUCACCUCUUGGGGCAUUUUGUAAUGUGCGUUCUCUGUUUUGUAAAAUCUUUUGAUUGUACUGAAAUGGUUUCUGCAGUUGCCUUUGGAAAUAAAUGGUCAUUAAUUUGUUUAUUUAGCAUUCUGCA